GCUCUGUCCAAUGCUAUGUCCACCUACCCAGUCUUUGCUCUCCUUGAUUCAGGGUCAGCCGGGAACUUCAUUUCCGGGUCCCUUGUCCAGCGUCUCCAGCUCCAGAGGACCCGCUGCACUGCCCCCCUCGACGUCCACUCAAUAGUGGAGCCUGGUGUCGCUGUCGAUCCCCCUUUGCCGCUUCUCCUGGACGAGGGUCCUGUCUAUGCCAUCCACGACAUCCUAGACUCUCGGCGUCGCAGAGGUCGGCUGGAAUACCUGGUCGACUGGGAGGGCUACGGUCCAGAGGACCAAUCCUGGGUGCGCCGAUCUGACAUCCUGGACCCAGACCUCCUUGCUGACUUCCAUCGCACCCAUCCCGGUCGACCAGCCCCCCGCAGCCGUGGCCGACCGCGACGCCGUGUCACCUCGUCCCUGGAAGCGGCUCCUGAAGGGGGGGGUAAUGUCACGACGCCACCAGGUUCUCCAUCAGUCUCUACUCCUCGUCACUCUGCUCCAACGAUCUCCCAAUCUAAUUCCCCUGUCUACUAAUUGCCCAAUCAUCCUAUCCACUUUCCCAAUAAUCCAAUCUCCUCUCUACUACUCCCCAGCACCUGCAGCCAAUCCCCUCUACUACUCCCCAGCACCUGUAACCAAUCUCCUGCUGCCCAUUUAAACCCCUGUCACCCUGCUCUCUCCGUCUGGCCUCUUCAACGGAGAACCUUACUCCAGCACAUGGACUGCUCCUUGUUCCUGAAGCUCUGCUCCUUGUUUCGCGAAGUGCCUGCUACGUCCCAGGUUGUAGAACUUUUAUGUUGGACAUUUUCUAUUGGAAAUCUUUCUGUUGGACGAUACACUCUUACAAGUUUGGACUGCCUUCUUAUUCUGAUGAUCUUCUGAGCGUUAACUUCCAAGACCUUGUUUAUUUCUCCUGCCUUGGUUCAUGUUUGAAAAUUAAAACAACUUGAUUGAUCAUAA